AUGCCAAUGACAGCUGUUUUGUCGGUGGUGCUCACACAAGUGGUGGAGCACCCUUUCUACAUAUUCUUUGAGCUUGUUUUCGCUGCUGCAUUGACGAUCCUCCUGCUGCAGACGUAUGGCAAGAAGAAGAAGAAGAAUAAGUCGAAGGAGGUGGCAGUGGAGAUGCCGUCGUUGGAGGAGCAGGAGCGCCGCAUCGCCCAAUACCGCUCGCAGAUGUUCCGCGACGGCAGCAAGCCUACCUCGAACACAGUGGUUCCCAACGGGCUUGGUAUGACUGAGGUGGACUCGCGUGACGGCUGCCACAUCACGGUGCGGGAUGGGCGGGGCGGCAGUAGCAGGCGCUGCCUCGACCUGGCGACGGAGGACUUCCACUCCUUCUCGACGCACCCAGCCGUUGUGGAGGUGGCACGCAACGCAGUGAUGGCGUACGGCGUCGGCAGCUGCGGCCCGCGCGGGUUCUACGGCACAAUCAAGCCGCACAUGGAUGCCGAGAAGGAUAUCGCGAAGUUCCUUAACGUUGAUGACGCCAUCAUUUACAGCUUCUCGUCUACCACGGUGGCGACGCUUAUUUCCUGUUACGCGGGAAGAGGGGAGCAUCUCAUCAUGGACGACGGUGUUCACCUAGCCAUUGCGGACGGUUGCACGCUGUCGCGUGCCAAUGUGGGAAAAUACCGCCACAAUGACAUGGCGCAGCUGGAGACACUUUUGAAAGACGUGGCAGCGAAGGAGAUAGAAGCAAAGAAAAUCUCACGCCGCUUCGUCGUCACGGAGGGUCUCUUCAAGAGCACUGGCGACAUCUGUAACCUGCCGAAGAUCCUGGAGCUCUGUGAGAAGUACAAGUUUCGCAUCAUCCUGGAGGAUAGUUACGGCUUCGGGUGCCUGGGAGCGACGGGCCGCGGCACACACGAACACUUCGGCAUACCGACAAGUAGGAUUGACGUCUACGUUGGCAGUUUGAGCACCGCACUCGGGGCUGUUGGUGGCUUCUGCGCUGGGGAGAAGAGCAUGAUAGAUUACCAGCGCCUCGGUGCGUCAGCGUACGUCUUCUCCGCGUCUCUGCCGCCAUAUGUCACGUCGGCUGCGUCUGCCGCGCUGACUCUUCUGGACGAGGACAACUCGUACCCGCGGAAGGUGCGCGACAACGCGAAGUUUUUCCGUCAAGCUCUUCGGCAGGCGAAUUUCAAUGCGGAGAAAAUAAGGAUGAUGGAAUGUGAAGGUGACAUGUCUCCAAUUGUUGUCCUGCGUCCAACAGAUGCCUAUGUGAGGGAUCAUCCACAAAAAGUGGAGGAGGAGAUUGAACAAGUGGUGCGUGCGGCAAGGGAAAAGGAUGUGCUGGUGCUGCGACACAUCUAUGAUACAGAGGAAAAAUGCGAACAUUUCCCGGCACUUCGAAUCCUGAUAAAAGGGAAGGCUGCCAAGGAGGAUCUGCAGAAUGCUGUGACUGUGAUUAUCGAGGCAGUGAAGACCGUAUUUCCCUGA